AUGUCCUCUUAUCACAAGCCGAGAGAAUGGCGGACAACAAUUUCUGACCAAGAGUAUCUCAUAUCGACAGACCUGAACAACAUCUCACACGACUUUGUCAACAAUGCAUACUCCAGCGACGACAUGUACUGGGCCAAAGCGAUGCCUCCUGCCAUUCUUCGCAACAUGCUAUCCAACUCACUUGUCAUGGGGGUAUACGCAGUGCAACCACCGUUCCCACCGUCCAAGACAGCAGACGAACCAUCAUCACCGGAUACACCUUCACCCACACUCGAGGACCCAUCAUUCUACUUCUCGAACGAGUUUCAGGGUAACGGAGCUGGAGCAGAAAAGCUGGAACAGGUGGGAUUCGCUCGCUUUGUCACAGACCAUGUCACAGUCUUCUACUUGACUGACGUCUAUGUUGCACCUGAGGCUCGAGGCAAAGGACUAGGGAAAUGGUUGAUCUCGUGCUGUCGAGAGAUUCUCGAUUCAAAGCCACAUCUGAUGAGAGCGAUGCUCAUGGCUUCGCCAGGGGAGGGCAAGGACUUUUACGAGAAGAACCUAGGUAUGCGCGACAUGCAGGAAGAGGCUGCUGAAGGGCAUAUACUAGCCAUGACGAGGAAGCGAAACCAGUGA